UCUCUCGUUGGCUGGCUCUACCCAGCAUAAUUCAGGUGUUCAUUUUCUCCUCCCCGUUCUUCCAGGUGUGGCAUUUUGGUAGCGCUUUCGCUGUCAUUCCUCCUCCACUCCUUGCUGGGACAGGAGCUUGAAAAGGUUUGUCUAUUUUUGUGACAAGGGCAGGUGAGGCUGAACUUUGACUAUUUCCUAACAGGGACCCAAAGUUGCAGGCCAGAAAGAAAGAGACAAAGCCCAGAAAGAUAGAAGAAAGCCUACGGCAUGGAGACGGCAAGGACAAAUGGGACCACCGGGAAGCAAGAGGAAGGGAAGAACUCAACCUCUCCUAAGAAGGAGGGAGAAGAAGGGAAGAAACCCACCAGCCCAAAUCGAGGGGAGAAGGACACCAACAAAAGCAAUGCCUCGGUAGAAACAGGCCAACUGAAAAAUUCUAUUUAUGCUGGGGGUGACUGGAAGAGACCAAUUAUCCAGUUUGUGGAAUCAUCCGAUGAGAAGAGGUCAACCUACUUCAACAUGGAGCCCGGGGAGUCCAAGAAGUCCAACUUUCCAAAUGUGCAGAUUGGAGAACCUCGGAGGCCCCAAGUUUCCUUCCCUGAGAGAGGAGAUCUGAGGAAGUCCCUAUUCAACAUGGAAGCAAAGAAACCCUUUGCUAAUGAAGCGGAGGAGAAGAAGUCAUUGUAUUCAAGCGGGGCGAUUUCAGAUCUCAGGAAGCCCAUCCUCCGAGAAUCAGGAGAAGCCAAGAGGAACAACUACAACCGGGCCAGCCGAAGUCCCACUUCCAGGCCCCGUGUCCUGGAAGAAGUCCUCUGUGACUCCUGCAUCGACAACAAGCAGAAAGCGGUCAAGUCCUGCCUGGUGUGUCAAGCCAGCUUCUGUGAGCUCCACCUGAAGCCCCACUUGGAAGGGGCGGCUUUCCGGGACCACCAGCUCCUGGAUCCCAUCAAGGACUUUGAAGCCCGGAAAUGCCCCGUCCAUGGCAAGACGAUGGAGCUCUUCUGCCAGACGGACCAGGUCUGCAUCUGUUACCUCUGCAUGUUCCAAGAGCACAAGAACCACACCACGGUGACGGUGGAGAUUGAGAAAUCUGGGAAAGAGACUGAACUCUCUCUGCAAAAGGAGCAGCUACAACUUAAGAUCAUUGAACUUGAGGAUGAGGUGGAUAAAUGGCACAAAGAGCGGGACCGUAUCAAGAACUUUACCACCAACGAGAAAGCAACAGUAGACCAGCAUUUCAAAGAGCUGAUCCGUGAUUUGGAGAAGCAGCGGGAUGAAGUGAAGACUGGCCUGGACCACAGGGAGAAGGUUGCGGUGGAGAACAUCAAGGAGAUUGUGGAGGAACUGGAAGAAAGGAACAAGCUGUUGCAAGAAGAUAAGGAGACGAGGGAGCAGAUCAGCCAAAUCAGUGACUCAGUGCUCUUCCUACAGGAAUUUGGUGCAAUGAUGAGGAACUACACAAUCCCGCCAUCUCUGCCAACUUACAGCAUCCUGCUUGAAGGCGAGAACAUGAGCCCAUCAAUGGGGGUCCUUAGGGAUGACCUCCUGAACGUAUGCAUGAGACACGUUGAGAAGAUCUGCAAGGCAGACCUCAGCAGGAACUUCAUUGAGAGGAACCACAUGGAGAAUGGAGAUCACCGCUUCAUGAUCAACAACUACUCUGAGUGGAACCAGCCAGAUAGCCUGAAGAGGUUUUCCAUGUUCUUGAAUCCAAAAGGAGGGAACUACAAUUCCAGAUCCUGGGAGUUUUCUACCAUGCAGACGGCUGCGGAGGAGACGCUUGCAACAGGGAAUUCUGCUUUCUCCCUGAAAGUGGGCAAUGGGACCAAGAUGCCAUAUCAGUUCUCCCCAAUUGGUCACGGUUCACCCGGCGAUUUCAGCAAGCAUUCCGAUGGGAGCCUCUAUACUAAGAAUGCUUACCCUUCAAUAGUGAGGCACCAAACUGCAUCUAAGGCUCAGCCCCAGACAUGGAAAUCUUCCAAGCAGAGCAUGCUGUCCCACUACCGCCCUUUCUACGUGAACAAGGGCAAUGGAGUCACUUCCAAUGAAGCGCCGUGAGUUCUGAAAUCCACGGGAGCGGCUGAUCAAUGCUGGGAGGAGAAGCGGAAACGAGAGUUUUCAGAGAAUGCCCCUGCUAUUGUAUUAACCUUACUGUGUUUUAAUCUUUUCAUUGUGUUUUUUUAAAGGGGGGAAAAGGGGAUUCUGGGGGGAAAGUGCUGUAGUCAAGGACCCACUCUGAAUGACAAAUGGAUCUCUAGGUGGAUUGGCCUUGGAGGACAUCACGUUGUGAUGGGAUCAACCCUUUUUACAGCCACCGAAAACAAGAGCCCCCAUGCAAACCAAGAUACAUGUUGGGAAGUUGCUUUUUUUGACUACAACUCCCAGAAUUCCCAAGCAACACACAAAAGUUUCUAAUCAUUUGUAUGCCCUUCAACACUUCAGACUGAAAUGUCAAUUUCUCCAUCGGAACAAAUGCCAUAAUGUGCUCUUCUCUGGUUGAAGGUGAUUUCACUGCUUGGGAGUUGGGUCUAUCUUAUCCAGUUCCUCCUGGUUUCCAGAGAAACCAAGGCCCAUGCUGGCUAUGGGAUUCUGAGAGUUGUAGUCCUCAAAUAUAAUUUCCCCAUGCAGUGAUCCCUCCAUUGCAUCCCUCCAUUGCAUCCCUACAUAUCUGUUUCAGGAAGAGCUCUCUCAGCUUGCAUCCAUCUGCUUUCUUCCUCUGUUGGAGACCAAUGCCAUGGAAGUUCCCAACAUAAUCAUCAAAGGCUAUGAAGCUUUGAGUGGUUUGUUUUCAGUAUAGCUUUGCCCCCUUUCAACACUCCAUUUGUGGUUUUAAAAGUUUCAGGGGUUGGAUUAAUGCCACCAUCUAGCCAUUUUUGGACCACAUCUCCAAACUUUCUCCACCAUUAAUGGUGCUGGUUAGGAGAUGCAGUCCAACAGCAUUUGGACAAUCUCAUAAUUAUUGCCAUGGCUGUACAAGCGCCAUAUUGGAUAAUUAUAUUAGCAGUUAACAUUAAUAUAAAAAGAAACCCCAAACAAAUGCUAACUGUGCUUUGGCAAUACCGCUCAGGUGGAACUGAUAGCCGAAAGGUCCUCCGGUAGUCCAUUAACCCAUCUCCCGUCCCUGCCUCCAGCUCCCUUUUCAAAUUAAAGAAGAAAAGGGGGGAAAUCUAUCCCGCUAAUAGAAGAUUGAUUAGAUGCCGUAGCUAUUCCCUUUCCCUUGCUACCUUCAGCUAAUAUUGGCGGAUGCGUUUUGCUUCAGCUGUUCUGUUUUAUCUACCAGAAGGAUGGUUAUUGGUCAUUUUGGAGAUUUAUUCUACGACACACAAAUGCCGUGUUUGCAAAGUCUGUGCAUAAACAAAACUAUUGCAAAUUUAAGAGUCAGGGCAAGCUAAAAAUCAGGGUGACCCUUUGGAGGAUGCGGACUUAAGGAGGGACCAAUCAGCUACAGUCGCCAUGGGAACCAUUUUGGCACAGUUCCUAGAAUUGGCACCUAAGCUUAAAUAGGAAGGAUGAAAAUCUUUUGGCUAUUUUGCCAUCCCAUAGUCGUUUCCUUCCUGCUGCAGGACAACAAUUUCUAACAUUUGCAAAUGAAUAUAUUUAGGACAAUCUCCUUUACAAUCAAAGUAAAGCACAAUCAACGAUAAAGAAGCAAAAAAGAAGACAUAAAGAAAAGGGAGAAAUGGACAUAAAACUUUAUAGGAAUGUCACCAUGUUCCCUUUGUUUUGUAGUGAAAAAUGGAGAGCAGUGUCUUCAUAGCAGGGAAGAUAUCUAGUUCUUAUGAUAGUUCAUCCUAGACUAUACAAAGUUUUACACACACACACACACACAUAUGUAAAAUAAGCUGAAACUUGCAACCCUAUAUAAUAGUUUCACAGUAGGAAAAUCUAUUGAACUCAGCGGCAUACACACAUAAAAGAUUGGGCUGUAAUAUAUACAUUGACAUCGUUGCUGUUGUUAGGGCAAAACUGAGAUUGGAAAGUUUGCUUAUUGUUGCUUUGAACGAUCUUUUGCAUGUUUAACAUAAUGCUUAUGACUGCAGGAGCAUCUACACCAGUGGUUCCCAAGCUUUUUUUGUCCAGGGGCCACUUGACUGGGGACCAUUUUGACCAGGGACUACUCUCCAACAUUAGUAUCAAAAGGGUAACAAAUCAGUUUUUGGUCAACUUUAGAUUCAGUUUGGUUAUUUGGAGUGGUGAUUCAGAAAA